AUGAAAAAAAUGGUAGAAAGUAGCAAACAACUUGAAAUGAGCUCCUAUCAAUUAGAGCAAAUUUCACCACAAAUUAAACGAUUUAUCAGUUUUGUUAACAGUCACAAAAAGCCAACAAGUGAGCAAGUAGAAAAUUUUAAUGAGAAAGCAACACAAUUCAUGAAGGAAUUGAACAAAAUUAGUGAUACAGUCAGACAGAUUGAACAGGACAAAGAUACAACGAAUAGAAAUCCAAAACUGGAAUCACUCAGGAAUCAACUAUUGGCAAAAGUCUCCACAUUGACUGAUAAAUUGAAUAAACUGUGUAAGAAAAUAGGAGUAAUUGAUUGUAAAUCUUUGCCAGUGAAUGAAAAAACUACGAAACAAGAUUCAAAGCCUCAAGAUCCAGGUAAUAAAAAUAGUGAGAAAGCUCUUAAAGCGUACCAACCCCUGCCAAGCAGUGUUCGUUUAGGCUUUCUUUCAUUACCAGGGCUAAAAUCGCAUAACUAUCAGAAGUUUCUAUCUCCGAAACUUGGAAGCUCACAUCUCAUUUUUACAGAUCUUCUUCUGGACGUUGAUGGUAAAAAGAUUACACGGCGUCAACCAUGUUGGCAAAAAAUUAUCACAAUCCAGAAAAUCAGUCAGCUUUCACUACUUGAAGAGUCAAAUCUGUCAAUAUUAAACUGCCUGAUUCGCCUAUGUUUAUUUGAUGGUGUGAAGCCUAUUAGUAAUAUCGUCUACUUACCUAUAACAUCGACAGAUCGUGAAAGGAAAACAUGGACAGUUACUCCUCAUAAUAUUCGAAAAUCUGAAAGGGCGUAUGAAGUGUCCUCUGACUUAUUUGUACGUUAUAAUGAGCAGAAUAUGCAUGUCUGCCUCCUCAUAGAAGUUGCAAUUGUUGUAUCUAAACAGAAUACUAACAAAAUAAUUGAAUUAAGUCUCGGAUGGGUCACUAUACCGUUAUACGAUGAAAAUGGUCAAAUCAUAUCGAAUAAAACGUGCGAAUAUCCACUUCAGGAUACCCUGCCGUUUGAAACCAGAAAAGCGGAUAAACUAUCACCUAAAGAUGUGAGUUUGAAAACUCGUAUGCAAAAUUUGCUUUUCAACAAAACAGCUCUAUUAACUAUUCGAUUUAGUCAACCUAAUAAAGAACAACAGGAUAAAUUGGAUUCUCUUCCCGAUGUUCUAAUUGGUCUGAUGAGCUAUGUACCAUUUAUGAGUUAUCAUCGAGAUUUCUUAGCGAGUAUCUUUCCUGGUUUUCGUGGAUCUAAUGAAAAGGAUCGCUUUAUUUUACGUCAUGUUCCACCAGAAGUUGCUCUUUUCCCACCUACGCGUUUCUUGGCAAGAUCGUUUAAAAGAAAUUCCAGCAAACAAAAAGAAGGAUAUAGAAUAUCUGAAAAAAUAUAUUCGGAUUAUUUUCGGAGAGUUCUUUAUCCUCUUCUCUGGCUACAGGAUAUGCAUUUUCCGAACAUAAUGACUUCGCAACAAUUUGAAAAUGAAGCAUCCAAGAUACUCCUCCUAAUUGAUCAAAUUCGACAAGAUAUAAUGACCUUCAUUACAUCAAGUAAAUACAAAUUCAAACUAAUAACGUCGGAAGAAUUUACUUGUCCAAUUCAAUUUACAAAUUAA